AUGUGUUUGUGGGAGUUUCGCUGCUCUCGGUGCGUCCUGGAGUUCGGUCUCUGGGACAAGGCUCUGGAUUGGACAGACGCAAACGGAGAGGGGCGGGCCGUGCUGCGCUGGGACGUGCCUCUGACUGGACUUUGUAAACACUACACAGAGGGUUGUGUUCUACAGAAGUUCUCUGACGACUCUGCCAUCAUCGGACUCAGCUCCGAGGACGAUGACGCAGAGUACAGAGGAGUUAUACAGGACUUUGUGGACUGGUGUCAGCGGAACCACCUCCUCAUCAACGUGAGGAAGACCAAGGAGAUGAACCACCUCCUCAUCAACGUGAGGAAGACCAAGGAGAUGAACCACCUCGUCAUCAACGCGAGGAAGACCAAGGAGAUGAACCACCUCCUCAUCAACGUGAGGAAGACCAAGGAGAUGAACCACCUCCUCAUCAACGUGAGGAAGACCAAGGAGAUGAACCACCUCCUCAUCAACACGAGGAAGACCAAGGAGAUGAACCACCUCCUCAUCAACGUGAGGAAGACCAAGGAGAUGAACCACCUCCUCAUCAACGUGAGGAAGACCAAGGAGAUGAACCACCUCCUCAUCAACGUGAGGAAGACCAAGGAGAUGAACCACCUCCUCAUCAACGUGAGGAAGACCAACGAGAUGAACCACCUCCUCAUCAACGUGAGGAAGACCAACGAGAUGAACCACCUCCUCAUCAACGCGGGGAAGACCAAGGAGAUGAACCACCUCCUCAUCAACGUGAGGAAGACCAACGAGAUGAACCACCUCCUCAUCAACGCGGGGAAGACCAAGGAGAUGGUGGUGGAUUUUCGCAGACAUCACUUUGCUGCUCCAGCUCCAGUGAACAUCCAGGGAAAGAACAUUGGGCCUCAUUCACGAAUAACUUCGUAA